AUGUCAAGGCCGCGACCAACUAUUAAAACAGAUUGUAAGGCAAAGAUCAAUGCUAACUUGGUGAAGGGUACUUGGGUGGUGACCACUGUAGAGAAUGCUCAUAAUCAUAAUAUGGUCAGCCCACAAAAGUCUAGAUUCUUUAGGUCACACAAGUAUUUAGACGAAUACAGUGAGAGGAUGCUUGACUUGAAUGACAUAGCAGGCAUUCGAGUGAAUAAGAAUUUUAGGGUUCUUGUUGUUGAUGUUGGUGGGUUCAAGAAUCCUGAUUUUCAAGAAAAAGAUUGUCGAAAUUUUAUUGACAAAACCACACAAUUAAGAUUGGGUAAAAGGGGUGGCGAAGCACUUACUGAGUACUUCAAGAGGAUGAGGUUGCAAAAUAAUAGUUUUGUCUAUGUGAUUGAUAUGGAUGAGGAGUUGAGACUUAGAAAUGUGUUAUGGGCUAACACAAUCUAUAUUGUUAGGGGCUGGGUUGAUUUCAAGCGAGGAUACGAGUACUUUUGUGCGGUUGUUUCGAGCAUGAAGUAUGAUCUUGGGGAUAAUCCAUGGCUGCAAGGGUUGUACAAUGAGAGGGCAUUCUGGGUACCGGUGUACCUUAAGGGAGUAUUUUGGGGUGGCAUGAGCAUAACACAGAGGUCUAAAAGCAUGAAUACUUUCUUCGAUGUGCUUGUGUAUGCUGGUAUGACGUUGAAAGAAUUGGUCGAUCAAUUUGACAAUGCGCUCAGGAAGAAGGUGGAGGUCAAGAAGACAGCUGAUUUCAACUCCGCAAGCCAAACCAUCCCAUGUUCAUUCGCAUUCCACAUUGAGAAGCAAUUUCAAGCUGUGUAUAUGAACGCAAAAUUUAAGGAGGUUCAACGAGAGGUGUGUGGAAUGAUUUUAUGUAACUGCAUACUUAUAAGCAAGGAGGGUUGCAUUUCCACUUAUGAUGUGUUGGAUGAAAUUACCACUGAUGAUGACCAUGUCAAGAGCGUAAAGUACACAGUUUACUUUAACGAGGAGAAAGUUGAUGUUAAAUGCACAUGUGUAUUAUUUGAGAUGAGAGGAAUUCUCUGUAGGCAUGCAUUGAAUGUUUGCCAGAUGAAUAAGAUUCAUGCAUUGCCAGAUAAGUACAUCUUGGAUCGCUGGAGGAAGGACUUAAAGAGGAGAUAUACGGUGGUAAAAAGUAGCUAUGACGACUUGUGGCAGAAUGCAGACUCACAGAGGUAUGAGUUCGUAGUUAAACGAUGUCUAAAAUUAGCAACUCGUGUAUGCCCAAGUGAUGACCAUGUUGAUGCAUUCAUGUGCCACUUGGAUGAGUUCAAGAUUAAAUUUAAAGGAUUAACACUUGAGUCCGGUUCAAGCAAGAUAAAAGUGACUACAGCCCCCACCAAGGGUAAGAAAAUCUUAAACCCGCACGUUGUUCGAGAGAAAGGGAGACCGCCAACGAAAAGGAAGGUUCCGCCUUUGAAGAAGGCUACAACAAAGCGAAAGAAGAAACCGACUUGCAAGAAAAUAUUUGAUGAAGCAUCACAUGAUUCAGAGGUCACAAAAGCUCCAAUAACUGAUCAGGUACACAGUGGAAGCAAGGAUGAUUUUGUUGUUCUAACACAGUGCAGCACGUUCACAAACUCAACGCCAUCGGAAAAUGAGGAGAACUGA